CGUCGGACAGUGCGACCUAGAGAGGAGCGGUCUUCUGAUCUCGUGUGACCCACCGAGACAAGAUAUAGUGACCUGGAGAGGAGCGGUUUUCUGAUUUCGUGUGACCCACCGAGACAAGAUGGACUUAGAAGAUUUGUGCGGGGAGCUGGCUGCUCUUCGUGAAGAGGUUGGUGGUUUGAACGGAGAAGUGGCCACACUGAAGGGAGACAACGCCGUACUGAAGGGAGACAACGCCACACUGAAGGGAGACAACGCCAUACUGAAAGGAGACAACACCACACUGCGUCAGGAGGUGGUCCAUCUACGUGAAGAGGUGGUCCGCCUGCGACAGGCUGUCCUCGAGGAGCGCACCACUCGCCAGGUCGUCGUGGAGGAGCUGCGGCAGGAGGUCCGCCGGCGAGCGGCGCCAUCCGACCGCUCCCAGGGUCUGACGUCAUUUCGCCACAGUGACGACGAAGAGCCUCGUGAACUGACUUCACUGAAGGACAACAAUUGUGACAAGUGUGAUGUCACAACCCAAACUGCGGAGGACGCGGGACUGGCGGGCGAUAGCUGGAGGCCGCCCGCGCCUCGCGAGGCUAACAUCUACCACCUUGAUACCGAGCUGCUGAAGAUGGUGCUGAGCAAGAUGGACUGCAGGGACAUGUUCCGCGCCAGGCGGGUCUGCCGUCGGUGGCGGUCCGCCAUCGACGAUAUCGUCGGCGACUGUCGGCGGGAGCUAACCGAUCAGAAAACCCGCGGUGGAAAAGUCCCUGCGCCGGCCACGAGCCUAGAGCUCGUGUUGAAGCUGCAGGACCAGCCGAAGAUGACCGAAUUGCAGGCGCCGACCGCUGAGACGGACACCGACCUCCGACUGGUCGCAGCCACCUGCCACGGCCUGGAGAAGGCGAACCUCCGUGGCUUUAAGCUGCGGAUCUCUGCCCUGCGGCGGCUGGCGCGUGCCAACGCCUCCAGUCUGCGUGAGCUAACGCUGCCGGCCGGCAUCAGCGACUGGCAGCUGGAGGCGCUGCUGGAGCCGCUGAAGGCUCUGGAGCGGCUCGAUGUGAGCCCUCCCGUGGACAGCUCCGGCAAGUGGCUGCGGCUGCUGCCCAAGUCGCUGAAGAGACUGGACAUUACUGGAUCUGGAUUGACUGGAGCGCCAGUGUUUAACCCCCGUUGGCCGACGUCUGGACUGGAUGUUCGUGUACAGCUAGCAACGGACACACUCCUGGACCAGCUGGCUGCUCUGGCGACCCGCACAGUCACAGGGCUGUUCAUUUAUGACUCACCUUCCGUGACACCGGAAGCGACGGUACGCCUCCUGGCUGCCCUCACUGGCUUGAAGGACGUCACUGUUUUCGGAUCCGGCGUCAUUCGCGACACUGUGCUAGCCGCCCUUCACGGCUGCUCCCAGCUGGAUACGGUGCAGCUUAAUGACACCCGGCGCCUCACGGACAUCCCUGCCCUGACCCAGUCAGAUGUGGCAGCGGUCAGCAGGAUGGCAGUAACCUGCAGGAAACUGAAGACACUGUUCAUUUCAUCCUCAAUCAAAAACCGCCAGGCCGUCCUGACUGCCCUGCACGAGACAGACCUGGGAUGUGACAAUAGCCAGUCCCGUACCAUCAAUUUCAAGGUCCCCAAGUCUGUAUACGACAAGCUUACUAAGCCACCCAACGGCAGCAAAAUCACCGUGUACUCCUUCUAAAAGCCUGACUAAUCAGUGCUUCGACCGCUCCGGUCCCGGCGGCAGUGUCGGAACUCGACAACAGAUGGCAGUACUGUGUCCCGUGUCGGAACUCGACAACAGAUGGCAGCACCGUGUCCCGUCGGCAGCGCUGUACGGGGCACAAUACACAUCAAGACCUUCAUAUCCAGAAGUACUUCGAGCCGCCCUGUCCCAUCGGCUCAGGUCCGUGGGUAGGUACUUUACCGCCGUGCCAGGCUGGUUUGGGUUGAGUAGCCACCUGUAGGCUGGUCAUUUGAUUUAGGCAUAGAUUGCUACGCUUGUUGACACUGCUUUGAUAGACAGUGGUGAGUGGGUAUAUUCAGUAUCCGAGAUAUCACGCUCGGGGCCACUGUCCAGCCGUCGGUAAACCGUUGUCACCGUGCCGGAGGUACCGCCGUGGUGACGUCACGUGUGUUGUGACGUCACGUCACGCUGGCUCUCACCGCUGUGCUGUUGUGUCGUUUCAGUUUAGACCAGAGUUUCGUUGGAGCUAGCUGUGGGGUGGCCGGUCCAGGCGAUAUCGGACCUCGCCCGUCACUGUGUCGGACCGUCGGUGGUCCGGUCGGCUGUGGUUGGUUUAGACCGGAUAUGUCCGGUUCGGUGUCGUUCAUGGGAUAUCACGGGCUGAUGGCGAUUGGAAUACACAGUGGUUGAGACGUUCAAUACACAAUGCUACUGGA